AUGCAGCUGGGGGGCCCCUUGUGGGGGCUCGCGAGGCCCAGGUGUCCUUGGUGCAGCAGCAGAGCGGGGCCAGCCUCAGGUCUAGGCCCCAGGAGCUGCAACGUUGGGCGCGUGUGCUCGUGGUGGACCACCGCGGGCUCUUGGUGGAUGCUCGCUGGCCUCCUCUGGUCCGACGAUUUCGUUGAGAGCACGUUCAACGACCGCUAUUUCGAGCAACUCUCAUGGCCGCUGUUGAGCGUGCUGAUGGUGAUCUUUUUGUUCAGGUCCGACUGGGUGCUCGACUUGGUCGCCAAGCUCGUCCUGGGCAUCGUGGGCCAUGCCGCGGGUCGCUCCAUGGCUGGGGCGUUCCGGCAGGGGUGGUGCCGAGCCAAUUCAGUAGCGACGGCCUCUGAGCAUACCGCCGAGGCCGUGAGGAUUUUGUCUAAUGCAUGGGAGAACGUAUCCAGCUGGUCCAAUAUUUCAGCAGCGUCCUUCGAGUCAUCGGUUGCACCUCUAGAUGUGCGCAUCGAGAAGACAGCUACCGCGGCUGCGGGGCACGCCGCGUCGGCCCUCGACGACCUUCCAGAGCAGUUGCAGGCAGGUGCUGUCGACGUGGACGGGAGCAGAACGGCUCUCGUCACAGAGCCGCCUGCACUUGCAGUGGCCCCGCCCUUCUUGCCGGUUAAGAAAGGGAGCUGGGUUGAAUAUGCGCUCGUGUUUUUUCUCGGGAUCGGCUUGCAGCGUCGAUUUCGGUAG